GCUAAAUGUUUACAUACACGUUGCGUGUGUUUUUCCACUUUGUAGCAUAGUUAAACUAGCCAGUUUCGCAUCAUGGCAGCUAACAACAACAGUAGCAAUAUACACAAUUUGGUGGCGGGGACGGUAGCGAUGCCACCAUCCGUGAUUGCCUCUACGGGAACACCAGCGUCAGCGGCUCCGCCAGUCGUUGCUACCAGCAGCAGCUCAUCCCAGAGUGCCUGGGAGCAAUUGACAGCUAGUGCCUCCAAUAACAUAGCUCCGUCACCGACAGCUGGAGCACCAAUAGCCACUGGGCCUAUUUUGAGUGGUGUGGAUCAUUCACCAAUUGCAACCACUAUGAAUGCCGGCGGCUCUCCGGUGCCCAGUUGUUCGUCCCCCUCAACGCCAACUAAAUCGCAUACUCCCUCACCUUUAGAAAGCAUGGCCCAUACACCUCAGGGACCUCCAAGCCAUCUCGGUCCAGGAGGUUUUGGUGAGGAACUUACUGCAGAGCUGGUUAAUCAGGGAUGGCGCAAGUUUUGGUCGAAGCGAGAGAAUCGACCUUAUUAUUGGAACAAAGUGACAGGGGAGUCACUAUGGGAAAUGCCUGGAACACGCCCGUUUGAUCCUCUGACAGAUCCUCUAGGCAUUUGCCAUGCGGGACCGGGUGCACCGCCAAUGACGCCACACCAACAACAACAACAACAGCAACACCAUCAUCAUCACCAUCAUCAUUUAAAGCGUCGACCUUCGGAAGACAUGCACAUACAUCCGCAUCCGCAUGCCCAGCAGCAACAACAACAUCACGUAGGCGGAGGUCCACCUAUGAAAAAGUUUGUUUUGGCAGGACCGUGGGACCUGGAAGUUUGCACGAAUGCAGUAAUAGUAGAGCGUCCCCCGACGCUUCUACCACAGCCGCAUCCUGAAAUUGAGGCCUUAAGAGCUGCCUUUACCAUGAAACUACUAAAAACCUACGAGGAUCUGUGCAUGCGUCGUGAGAAUAUUAAAGCUCCACGAGAUUCCUUUAAUCGCUGGCUAAUGGAACGCAAGGUCAUCGAUACGGGAUGUGAUCCGUUGUUGCCCAGCCAUUGCCUGCCCGAAAUCUCCAGCUCGAUGUUCAGGGAGAUCAUGGCGGAUAUACCCAUUAAGAUUGUCAAACCGAAAUUCACUGGAGAUGCCCGCAAGCAGCUGUCCCGUUAUGCAGAGGCGGCCAAACAAAUAAUUGAAUCACGAUCGGCUCCUGCGGAAUCCAAGAAAGUAGUCAAAUGGAAUGUGGAGGACACAUUCCAAUGGCUGAGACGAACUGUUGGAGCCAGUUACGAGGAUUUCCAAGAUCGCCUUGCCCAUCUCAAGCGACAAUGUGAACCUCAUUUGGUAGAAACGGUCAAAAGCAGUGUGGAAACAUUAUGCAUCAAGAUCUAUCAUCUAUCGGCAGAUCAUGCGCGAAAAAUACGCGAACGACAUAUCCAAUUGCUAAAAGAGCAUGGCAUACCAGAGCCGACGCCGCCGCCACCACCGCCGCAUUUGAAGAAAGUCUGGUGUUAUCCCAUACAAUUUGCUGUCCCAUCGCCACGCAUGCCGGCAAUUGAGUAUUUGCAGGAUCGCGAUCACAUGAUAAUCAAAUAUACACCAACCACUAUGAAUCAACCAGAUGCCCAGUAUAUCAAUCUAACCUAUUUACAAAAGCUCGAGCAAUUGUAUAGACAUAAUUGUUUUGAUGAUAAAAAAUUUGAUUUGUUCAUCGGACGUGUUUGGUGCCUAUUAAAAAGAUAUCAAACAUUCUUAGGGAAUGCUCUUAACUCCUCCCAGGAAGCGGAGCUUACACAGGCAGCGUUACCGGUUCCCGUUUUCGAGUGUCUUCAUAGGCAAUUUGGUGUCAGCUUUGAAUGCUUUGCCUCACCAUUUAAUUCAUAUUUUCGGCAAUAUUGUUCGGCAUUCGCCGAUACGGAUGCUUAUUUUGGUUCUCGUGGACCAUUUCUGGACUUUAAGCCUGUAUCUGGUUCCUUUCAAGUAAAUCCACCGCAUUGUGAAGAGCUAAUUGAAGCCUGCCUAUCUCAUAUUGACAAAUUGCUAACUGAUACUAUGGAACCACUUAGCUUUAUUGUAUUCCUGCCCGAGUGGAAGAGCAUCUCUAAAUUGGAAGAGAGCAUGUACAAGCGACGUUCGAUGGUUGUGCUUGGAAUGGCCCAUGAGUACCGACACGGCUAUCAGCAUAUGAUGCAAAAAUCUGAGGUCCUAAUCAAAUGCAUGCAAGGCACACAAGUGGUUUGGCUGCAAAAUAGUGCUGGCUAUGCACGGUGGGGUCCCAAUGAGAAUCGGGUGGAGGCUUUGCGAGAAGCCUUCCGACCGCAAAGGGAUCGUGAACGUGAAAGGGCCGCUGUUGCAGCAGCUGCCACUGCCGCGGCUGGACCGCAUGCUGGGGGCAACCAGCAGCAAAACACCCAAUCAUCUUUACCGGCAUCUUCAGUGUCUGCGACACCAGUUACGUCAACAGCCCUACCCAACUCUACCACUAUUAACAGCAGCAGCAGCACUAUCAUAAGCAAUUCUUCUGUGGGCACAAUGGGAAAUUCCACUGUUAUAGCCACAUCAACAGCUAAUUCCACCAGUGCCGGCAGCAGUCCAGCCUCCACAUCAUCGCCUUUAUCUCCCCAUACACCGACUGGGCAGCCACCGCCACAGUUUCCUCUUACCAUUAGCAAUACCACAAACUGUACGAAUCUAGUGGCUGCCUCACCGACCAUGAGUGUACAGAGUGAUUGUUCGUCGCCCUCAUCAUCGACCAUGUCCUUGUCACCGGCACCAGCAUCUGGUGGCUAUCCAGAUGGAUGUUCAGCGGCCACCACAGCGGCUGUAAGCAUAACAGCAACGGCAAGCACGUCAGCUGCGGCAGCAGCGUCGUCGACCUUCGGUCAAACGGGAAAUAGCAUUAACAGCUCCGCCACCAGCCAGCCGGUGAUAAAUUCAGCGGUAUAAGUAAUUCAUCGUCUACACUACAUACAUAUGUAAAGGUUUUUACCUGUUCACCAUGGCCAUAGAGCAAUAUAAAUGGAACUCGGAGAAUGGUAAUGGUCAGGCCGGGCAUGUAAAUUGAUGAUCGGACAAAGGGGCGGGCCCUAUAUUGUACAUUUUUUUUUGUUUUUUUUUUGUGUUUUUUUAGGAUAAAUUUUUAGGGCAAAGGACCAAAAAUCAUUUUGGAUUUGUCACUAACAGAAAACCGCUAAGGGAAUCGAACAAAUAUUCUGAUUUAUUAUUAAAUUUAUUGAAAGCAAAAAAUUGUAAAGAAGAAAAAAAAUUAACGGAAUCGUUAAUACUUAUCCUAGCCAGUUUAAAAUUAAUAUGGUUGCCAAGCAUUUUCUUUUUAAAUCAGUGACUGAUGCCAACAUGAUUUUUGCCCCUUAAUAUACAUUUAUAUAUAUUUUUUUUC